AUGAAAGAAAUAUAUUAUCCCCUACAAAAAGAAGACCAUACUACAUAUAUAAAAAAUGCAAGGAUAAAUGGUUGUAUACAAGAUGAUAAAUUAAGUGAUUAUAUAAAAUGUACAAAUAAUUAUGUAUUCCGUGAAAUAUACUUGUUAAGAAAUAUAUAUAUUAAGAAACAUAUUAUAUUGCACUUUUUGAGGAAUAUUUUAAAUAUUAACAAGUUAAAUAACUCAAAAUUUGAAUUAACUAAUAUAUCAAGAGAUAACAAUUUUAAAAAAAUAUUAUCAGAAUAUUAUUUUCUGAUUUUUAAUUAUUCAAAAAUGUAUAAAAACGAUAAAGAAAUGUUAAAUUUUUACAUUAAUUGUUAUAAUAUAUAUAAUAAUAUAAUAUGUAUAAAUAAUCCCAAAUCUUAUAUUACCAUAUACAAAAAUAGUGAUCAAAAUAAUUUUAAUUUAAAAAAUAUUCCAAAUAAAGAUUGUGAUAAUAAUAUUAUUAUAAAUCAUAGUGAUUAUAUUUUUUCUCAUAAACCAUAUUUUACAUUUUCAAGGAAAAUAGAAAUAAAUAAUAAGAAGAACAUUUUAUUUUUAUUUUUAAAUAAAUUAAAAAUUUCCAAUUUAUAUAUUUCUUCAAAUUUUAAUAAUAAAAAUAAUGAUACAGAUUAUUUGCGAGGAUUAUGCAACAUUUUAGAUAAAUAUAGUAAAUUACAAAAUGUGUCACAAUUUUAUCCAUGUAAAGAUGAUAAAUCAUAUAAUUUGUUAUACAUAAAUAUAUUAGAAGAUUAUCAAACAAAUAUAAUAAAACUGUUAGAAAUUAUUUUAUUUUCUGUUUCUAGUAUAGUAUCGAAUCUUUUUAAUAUCAUAACAAAUUUAUUAAAAGUUAUAAUAAUAAAAGCAACUAUAUUUAUGUAUUAUUUUGCUCUAUUAAAUUAUAAAGGAGCUAAUUUAUUUAUUACAUAUAAUUGCUCUAAUAUAAAGACAAAGAAUAAGAACAGUCUUAUAUCUAUAUUUUGUUAUAGUCAUAAUAAAACAUACUUCAAAAAUAAUUGCAAAGCGUUAAAUGAUUCUUAUAAUAACGAUUUGCAAAUUUUUGAUAAAAUAUUAUUGCCAUUUUCUGAUAAAAUAUCGUUGCCAUUUUCUGAAAACUUUUUUAAUACCUCAAUUCUUAUUGCUAACAAUUUAACAAAAUUGAUAAAAAAAAAUUAUCUUUAUAAUUUUUUUUUCAACAUAUUGCAUUUCUCUAAUUUUUGGAAAUACACAGAAAGCGUAAACAAAAAUCACAGCAACAAAUUCGAUAGAUGCAAUAGUUGGAAUAAAAAAAAAAAUAUGAUUAAUUAUAUUUCGAGUAAAUAUUAUAAUAAUGUGCUUCAAAAAAAUGAUUGUAUUCAAUUGCUUUUUUUAUUUUUCUAUUAUUACAAUAUAUUAAAUAAAAUUACUAUUAUAUCAAAGACAAACAUUUUAGAAAAUUUAACAUGCUAUGAUUGGAAUGGUAGAAAUAAUUGUAAUGUCAUAUCUUAUAUCAGUAUUUAUCGAUUUUUUUUGUGUGCUUAUAUAGUUAACAAGAUAAAGAAAUAUUUAUGUAUGAUCUUGAAAAUUUUGAAUGCAUAUAAUAAUAUGAGAUUAGCUAUUAUAGAAUGUUUCGAGAAUAUUGCGAUAUCCAUUAGUAUAAUAAAAUAUUGUUGUAUUUGUAGUUGUAGUUAUAAUAAUUGUACCAUGCGAAUAAAUGUUAAUUUGAAAUCAAUAAUACCGAUCAAAGCAAUCUUCAAAAAAAUAAAAAUUUUGUUAAUAACAAUAUUAACUAUUGCUAAUUAUGUUAAAGUAAAUAUGAUGAUACAUUUUUGUAAUUAUUUUAUAAAUUAUUCAAGAUUAUUUGUUUCGUUUUUGUUUUUGUUCUUAUUUUUAUAUGAAGACAUUAUUAUUUAUAUAUUCAAAUAUAUUUCUAUACACAAAAAUAAAAUAAACAGCCAAAAAAUUAAUAUCAAUGCUUGCAAUAAUAACAUAUAUAAACACAUCCGAUAUAAUACUGAUCAAAUUUAUAUUUUUGAUAAUAUGUCAUUAUUUUACCCUUUUAUAAAUAAUUUAAUAAUAAUUUUAUUUUUUUUAUUAUUAAACAAAUUGAAUGAAGAAAAAAACAAGAUAAUAAUAACUAAUACAAUAUUUAAUUAUUUACAUUUUAUUUAUUCACAUUUUAAUCAGAAUAUUAAUUAUGUUAAUAAUAGUUUUAGAAAUGAAAUCAAAAAUAUUUUAUUUUAUUUCUAUCAUAAAUUUUUUAAUAUAAUUAAUACAAAAAAUGAGGAUAAAAUAAAAAAAAUAACUUAUUUAGGUUGCGCUAUAAUAUUAAAAAAUUAUUUUAUAUAUAUUAAAUUAACUUAUUUUUUUUGUGUAAUAAUAUAUUUAUUUUUAUCAUCCUUUGUUUUGUAUACUUUAAUUUUAAUUUUAAUAAAAACGAACCUAAAUAAGUACCCUCUUCACAUAUAUUUUUAUAUAUAUGUGUAUAUUUUCCCAAAUGAAGAUAAAAUAGAGAAUAAUGACAAAAAAAAAAAAAAAAAAAAAAAUAUCAUUUUAAUAUAUCAUUUUUUUGUCUAUCCAGUUAUUUAUAUAUUUCACAAAUCCAAAAAAUUUAUUAUUAAACCCAUUGUUAACAAUUGUAUGAACAAAUCAAAAUUUUAUUUUAACAUUGGAAAGAUACAUAACAUUAAAAAUUAUCAAAUUUAUUUUAUUAUUCAAAUAUUUUUGGAAAAUUUCCAUUGCUUCAUUGUAGCAAUGCCCUCUUUCUGUACAACCCCUCAUUUCGUUUCACAUCUCAAACCGAUAAAAAAAAUCAACACAAAAAAAAUGAAAAAAAAUAAUAAUAUUUCAAAAGUGAAUAACCAUAUAAUCAUCAAUAAUAUCCUUAUUGAUAUGCUUAAACAUAAUCCAAAUAUAUCUAUAAUUAACAAAUUUCAAUUAUUUUUCCAUAAAAUACUAAAUUUAGAAAAUGGUAAUACAAAUUAUAAUAAUCAAAAUGAUUCUAAUUUCAUUAAUGCAAACCUAAAUCUCCACGCUUUUGUGAAUAGCAACGAAACUAACAACGAAUCGAAUAAUAAUGGAGAUGGUCAAAAUGAUACAAAUAAUGAAGCAAAUAAUAAUGGAGAUGGUCAAAAUGAGGGUGAACAAAAUGAUAGAAGUAACGAAUCGAAUCAUAAUGGAGAUGAUCAAAAUGAUAUGAACAACGAAUCGAAUCAUAAUGGAGAUGGAAAUGCAACAAAUAGGGGUGGAGAAGAAGAAGAUGAUGAUGAUGAUGAUGAUGAUGACGAUGAUGAUGAUAAAAAAAAGGGAGAUGGUUUAAAUGAUGAAAUAUGUGAUAAUAAUAUGAUAGAUAAUAAAACUGAUAAAGUUAAAAAAGGAAGAAAAAAAAAAUUAAAUGAUAAAAGUCGAACAAUAAAUAAAGUUGGUUUGGGAAGAAAAGGAAGAAGAAGAAUGGAUUUAAUAAAUAAUAGAGAUGAAAAUAAUAUAGGAUUAAAAAAUUUUUACAAUUCGAAUUAUAUAAAUGAGAUAAAUAAUCAAAAUUUUAUACAAAAUAGUAACAUUAAUAAUGUUAAUGAAUCAAAUAUGCAUGAUAAUAAUAAUAAUAGCAAUAAUAGCAAUAGCAAUAAUAGCAAUAUAAAAACAGCUAACUAUUCGAAUAAGAUGGGAAAUGACAUGGUUAAUCAAGUAAAUAACAAUUUCAAUAUAUAUCAAAAUAACCGAAUUAAUAUACAAUGCCCACCAAAUUAUAUUAGUCAAAAUAAUAUGAAUAUGAAUAUGAAUAUGAACAAUAUUAUUGGCGUAAAACAAAUUUCACCAAAUAUAAAUAAUAUUAAUAGCAAUUUUAGAAAUAACAUAAUUAAAAAUAAUUUUAAUCAAAUUAAUAGAAAUAUUCCAAAUUCUAUAAAUCCUCAAAUGAAUGUUAAUAAUAAUAUGCCAAAUUAUAAUGUCUAUAUGGCUUUACAAAAAGGAGGAAUGCCUAAUAACAUGAUUGGAAAUUCUAUUAAUAAAGCUAAUUAUCGCAUUAACAAUUCAGUAAACUAUAAUAAUAUAUAUCCUAACAUAAACAAUUCUAAUCAAUUUCCAAAUAUUAAUAAUCCUAAAAUUAAUAAUAUGAGCUUAUAUGUAGAUAAUUUUAAUAAAAAAAAUAAUUUAAAUAUGCCUAUACCCGCUAAUAACAAUCCUCCUCUUUUACCAACCCAACUAACAAAUAAUAUCGGAAAUAUCGGAAAUAUCGGAAAUAUCGGGAAUAAUAUCGCAAAUAUCGGGAAUAACAAACUUAUGAAUGACCAAACAAAUGGUCAUAUAGAAAACCCAAUGUUAAAUCAAAAGCAAUUGAAUUUGAUAAAUAAUUAUAAUAACAAUGUACCAAAUAUGAUAAAUAAUAAUUACAUGAAUCAACAUCCAUAUAAACAUAUUCCUAUAGGACAUAAUACAUAUAGUGGUAUUAAUAAAAAUAAAAUAAAUGAAAAUAUAAUUAUAAACAAUAGUAACAAUAUAUAUAUGAACAAUGUUUUAUUACGUGAUAAAGUUAUAGAAAAUAAUAAAAUCACAAAUAACAAUUCGAUGUCUAAUAUUUCUAUAAAUAACGAUACAAGAAGAAAUAAUUUAUUAGGUUUAAAUAUGAUAAAUAAUAAUAAUGAUACAAAUAUUAUUAACAACGAAACUGCUGAAAUUAAUGGAAUCAAAAAUGGAGUUGAUACAUAUUCAACAAAUGUAACCAAUAAUAUGAAUAACACAAAUCAGAUAAAAAAAAACGGAAGUAGAAGCAGCAGUUGUAGUAGUGUUAAUAAUGGGAUGAUAAAUGAAAAGCCAAUUAAUAUGAAUCCAAAUUUAAUGGGAUCAAUAAUUUAUAUGAAUAAUAGAAAUAUAAAAAAUGAGCAAAUGGAAAAAAUGGUUAUAUAUGAUAAUAUGGGAAUAAAAAAUGAAGAAAAUCAAUCUACUGAUAUGCAUAAUCGAAACAUAGUUGGAAAUGUCUCUAAUAAUAUAGUUGGUAAUAUCUCUAAUAAUCUAUUUUGUGGAUAUAAUAAUAAUAAUAUGCUUAUUCAUCCAUACUUCAACAAUAUGCGUGUAGCAACAAUGAGGAAACGUGUUUCUUUUGUGGAAAAUAAUAGAAAUGUUGAUAUGUAUGAUCCUGAUCAAAUGAACAAAGGAAAUAUUUUAAAUAAUAAUUACAUAACUAAUAUGGAAUCAUAUAAUGAUCAUAAUUUUCACAAAAACAAACAUAUGAAUAAUGGAAAUAAUACAAAUUUAAAAAAAAAAAAAAAAAAUGAUAUGAAAAAAAAAAAAGAUGAAGAAAUGGCUAAUAAUCAAAAUUUAAGAACUGUAAAAAUGAAUUGGAAUAAAUUUGAUAAUAUAUUUCGAAAAAUUAAUUUAAAAAAUAAUUAUGACCACAUUAUAAAUAAUGAGGAAGAAGAUAAAGUAAAUGAUUUAUCCGAUUUAGAAAAAGAAAAUUCGAAAGUCGAAAAUGUCAACAAUGUCAACAAUAACAAUAACAACAUUAUUGAUUCUAUAGGCAUAAAUACAGAUACCCAAUUAAAUAUAAAUUUCAAUAAAUUCUUAAGAGAAUAUGAUGAUAUAUUAAAAAAAUUAAACUUAAUCAAACUAAAUGAUAAGGCAAGCUUUAAAAAUCAAAGUUAUACUGAAAUAUAUGAAAACAUAUUCUUAACAAUAGAAAGCUAUUUAAACAUAUCCGAUUUGAAAUAUAAAAACAAUUUUGUACACACAAAUUUUUACAAAAAUUGCGUUAAAUAUUUGGACCAAAUCAGGCCAGAGCAAAAUGGUAAAGGCGAAGAAAAUGGGAAAAAUGACGAAAGUGGAAACAUAAACAAUUCCAACGAAAAUUGUGUUAAGAAAAAGUCAAACUUUUUCGAGAGCAUUUCAUUGAGUGCUGAUAAUAAAACAGUUUUAAAAAGCUUGUUAAAAAAAAUUAAAGACAUUGAAAAAGUUGAAAAAAAUGAAAAAAUCGAAAAAAUUGAUAAAAACGGUAAAAACGAUAAAAACGAUAAAAACGAUAAAAACGAUGAAAAUAGUUUGUUAGGACAAAAUAACAUAACUAAAUUUAACCUGUUUGAUCAAAAAAAUAUUCAAGAUAAUGGAAAUAUAAAUGAACCUGAUAUCGAAACUUCUAACAUUUUAAUUGAUAGUAUAGAUAAUAAAAAUUUGUCUAACUAUUCUAAAAUUAAUAAUUUGGGGUUAAAUGAAAAUAAUCAAUCUAUUAUAGAUAAUAAAAAAACAAUAAUUGGUGAAAAAAAUAUAACAUAUCAAAAUUUAUUUAUAGAAAAUAUUUUAUCAAAAAAAUAUAGAACAUAUUCUAUCAAUGAAUUUAUUAAUGUGAAAUUAAAUGAUAACUUAUCUGAAUUGAUUAAAAUUUAUAAAAAAAAUUUAUGUUAUAAUAUUCAAAAAGGUUUUAAAAAAAAUAUAAAUUAUAUAAAACUUUAUCGAUGGCUUAGAUCUAAUAUAAAAAAUAAAUACAUCAAAAAAAUGAAUAAAUUAAAAAAUAAUCGAUUAAUCAAAAAAAAAAAAAAAAAAAUUAUUAAACAGUUUAAAGAAUAUAUUCAUAAAGAAUUCUAUUCUGGUAAAAAUUGUGCAAAUUUAUUUCAAGAUAUUUAUAAAGUACCAAACAUUCAAGGAAUAAAAGUAAAUAACAAUCAACUCGAUUCUAGUAAGAUUACUGUGGAGGAUGAUAUAUCUCUUUUUCCUUUUAAUAUAGAAAAGACUAAAAAAAGUGUAAAUGAUUCUUCCAAUAUUAAUAAUCUCAUUGAUGCAUCUAAAUUAGAUGCAGAGAAUGACACAAAUGAUGGAAAUUUAUUGUUAUCUGGAAAAGGGGAAAUAACAGACUCUAAAAUUGUUUCUAAUUUUUUAAUAAAAAAAGAGAAAAAUGAAAAACACGAAACAAACAAAAAUAAAAAAAUAACUUCUAAAUUGAAAUCAUCAAAUUUGGAAAAAAGUACAAAAAAACAAAAUGAAAAUGUUAAUAUAUAUAUUCAAAAAGAAAUAAUAAAAAAAAAUACAAACAAUCGAAAAAUAAAUUAUUGUAGAAACUUAUCUAUUCAUGCAUAUAUAGACAAAAUGUAUAAUAAAAGAAAUAUAAAACGAAUAAAAAAAUAUAAAAAAAAUAUUAACAUGAAAUAUAAAUCAAAUGCAAUCAUUGAUAUAGGAAAUAAAAUUGUAUGGAUAUCUUUUGAAUUUAAUAAUUUAAGUUUUUUAAAAAAUAUAAAAAAUAAUUUAUUUGAAUCUAUCUCAUUAUCAAAAAUUCAAAAUAAAAAUUAUUCAGAAAAUGAAUUAAAUAAUUUGAUUAUUAAUGAAAUGGAAAAAUAUAAAAAUGUAAAAAUCAACUUUUACAAACUUUUAUCUUAUUUUGAUUUUAUGUUUCUAAAAAAUAGAUUAAAUUUUGUUAAAGUCAAAUAUAAAAAAAAAACUCAUAACAACAACCCUUUUCCAAUAAUCGAAAACGAUUCUAUAAAAAAAGAAAAUCAUGUCUUUGAUUUUGUAAAUAAUCAAAACAGAAAGGAUGAAAAUAAACAAGAUGUGAUGAAAAAAGGUGUGAUGAAAAAAGGUGUGAUGAAAAAAGAUGCGAUGAAAAAAAGCUUACAAGAAUACAUAGAAUUGGCCCCAAUUAUUGACAAAAAAAAGCUUAAUUCAUAUAUCAAUUUGAAUUUAAAUAUAGAUGAUAAUAAUGAUAAUAAUAAUGAUAAUAAUAAUAAUGAUAAUGAUGGUGGUUCUGGAAAUGUGUCAGACAAAUUUAAUGGCGAAAAUGUUUUUAGAGAAUCGAAUUUAAAUUUUAUUACAAAAUAUUUAAAUAAAAAUGUUAAAAUGGAAAGUGCUGAUUUGUGCAAAGUAUCUCUUGGGAAAUCAAAUGAAAAAGAUGAUUCUUAUGAUCAUCAUGAAAAUAGAUUCAAACAUUUUAUAAAUAACGAAAACAUAAUUUAUAAUAAUUCAAUGCUUAUUGAUAAUUGUAUAUGGUCUAAUAAUCCACUACUUUUUAAUAUUUUUGAAAAAUAUUAUCUAUUAAUUAAAAUGCAAAAAUAUAUAUUACAAUAUAAAAAAUGCUUAAAAAAUAAUAUUAAAAUGGAUUUAUGUUCAGAAUCAAAUUUAGAUUUACAUUCAAGUUCUACAUCUGAUAAUCUUAAAAAUAUAAAACGAUUAUCUAAAAGUAAAAAUAAUAAAGGAGAAAAUUUAUCAAAUUUAUUAUUACUAAAUAACCAAAAAGUUGAAUUUGAUCUUGAUAAUAAUUUUACAAAAACACAAGUUGAUUAUGUUGGUGUAAGAAAGCGACGAAGAUCAUCAAAAGGUGGAACCUCCUUAUUAACUGAUUUAAAAGAAAAAGUUGAUACAUCUAAUUGUUCAGAAAAAAUGGGAGAUCCAGAUCAAACGGGUUCUAUUCCUAAUUUAGUAAAUAAUGAAUUAAUUAAUAAUACGGAUAAUCUAAAUUGUAAAGAAAGUAAUAAUAUUGAACAAAAUAAACAAAUAACAGAUGUAGAUUCUAACACAUUAAUUCAAGAUGAAAAAAAAAUAAUAGAUAUUCAAGAAAAUGAUGAUAAUAACAUAGAUGUCAAUGAAACUUUAGAUGAUAUAAAAAUAAAUACAAAUAAUAAAAAUGAAAAUAUUGAUCAAGAAACUACUAAAAGUUCUAAUAUUAUUAAUGAGCAAAAAGAAAACAUAAAUAUGAAUACCGAAUUUGAUACCACAUCUAGAGACGUAGAAAUUUUACAAGAUAAAAAUAUAAUUAACGAUUUUGAUAAUAAUGAAAUACAAAAUGAAGAAUAUAAUAAUAUUGAUAUAAGAAACUCAAAAGUAAGAAGAAAUGAAAUUAUGAAAAAUAAUAGAUAUGAUAAUAUUAAAAAGAAUAUUUUACCAAAUAUUGAAAUUAAAAAAGAAGAAACUUUUAAUAAGAUAAAUGAAAAUAAUAUAGACAUACCAGAAAAAAAAAGACGUGGAAGAAAAAAAGGAAAAAAACGAGGUAGAAAAAAAGGUGUUAAAAAUAAAAAUAAAUUAUUUAUAAAUGAAAUAAAUCAAUCAAAUAUUAAUAAUAACAAAAAAACAAUUUUUAAUGGAAAUUUCACAUUUUAUGAUAAUUAUAAAAAUAAUUCAUUAUCACAUAUGUAUAAAGAACAAGUUAAUCAAUUAGAAACACAAAAUGAAAAUGAAAUAUUAGAUUAUGAUAUAGUACCAAUAGAUAAAGAUAUCAUAAUAGAUUUAUUAUGUGAAGAAGAUGAACUAAUAGAAAGCUAUAUUAAAAAUUCUAGGUUUGUAGAUAAAAAUUUAGUUUGUUUAUUAAUUAAUAUGAAUAAUGUACAGAAAAAAUUAAGUUUUAUAUGUAAUAAAUUGUUAAAAAAAAUAAUAAAUGAAAAUAAAAUGCCACCAAAAAUAUCAGAAAAUACUAAAAAAUGUGAACAAAUUACUUAUAAAUAUAUUAUGUUUGAAAGAUGGAAUCAACUUAGAUAUUCUCUUUUUUAUAAUAUAUUUUUAAUAAAUAAUAAUAUUGGAAAUUCAUUUGAAAAUAUUAAUACAUAUAAUAAUUCUAAUAUAAAUUCUUAUAAUAAAUAUUUUGUAAAUUCUAUUUUUGAUUUACAUAAAUUUGUUAAUAAAUAUAAAAAACAUAAAUAUCCUCCUAUGGAAUAUAGUAUUUUUUUUAAACACACAUAUUUUAAAAAUAUGGAUUCUAUAACAUAUGAAAUUGAUGAUAAUAAAAAUGAAACAUAUCAAACAAAUUAUUCGAAUCAAAAUAAUAAAACAUGUCAAGAUGAUGAUAUACAUCUAUUUCUUAAUGAUAGAGAUAAAUUUUGUGGUUUUUCUAAUACAACAGAUUUGAAUAUUACUCCAAUAUUUUAUCAUUGUUCUAUAUGUUUUAAUGAUGAUUAUAAUAGUAUGCAACUUUUUGAUGAACAAGAUGAUAAUGCACAAAAUGCUUCUCAAAAUGAUUCUAAUAUUAAAUCUAUUUCGGGUGCUAAUAAUAAUGAUGUAAAGAAACAUAAAAAUGUUGAAAAAAAAGAAGAAAAUAUAAAAAAUUCGAUAAAUACAAGUAAUGAAAUUAAAAUAAAAGAUAAAACAUCUUUAGAUGAAAAUAAAAUAAAAAAUAUAAAUAUUAAUGGAACAAAUUGUAAGGAAAAUAUUUUAGAAAUUGAAAAUAACAUAAAAAAUUGUAAAAAUAUUAUGCUAAAAUGUUAUAGAUGUUAUAUGCAUGUUCAUAAAUAUUGUUAUAUAUCAAUUAAAAAAAAUGAAGAUAAUAAUAGUAUAUCUAUUUUACAAAAUAAUAAUAUUUCGAACCCUAAUGAAUGGUUAUGUCAAAGAUGUGAAUUUGAAAAAAAAUCUUUAGGAACUAAUUAUUUAUAUUUAUUUGAUAGUAAUGUUAAGUGUUAUAUAUGUUUAGAAAGAGGAGGUGCAUUUUCGCAGCUUCAAGAUAAUAUUUUUAUUCACAUCUUUUGUGCUAUAUUUUGUGUUCCGGAUCUCUUAAUAAAUAAUAAUAUUAACAUGCAAAAUUUUUUUGAUUUUAUUAAAUUAAACAGUUUGCAUUUGAAUCAGGAAAUAUAUUCUUUAGUUCGUAAAAAGGUGGCAAAUAAAAUGGCAAAUAAAAUGGCAAAUAAAAUGGCAAAUAAAAUGGCAAAUAAAAUAGCAAAUAAAAUAGCAAAUGAAAUACCAAAUGAAAUACCAAAUGAAAAGGUGGCAAGUUUAGAUAAAAUAAUAGAACCCACAAUGUACGAACCCCUAAUAGGGCCUAUUCAAAAUAAACAAACUAAUUUGGAAAAUGAUUAUACUAUAGAAGAAACAAAAUUACUGGAUAAAACUCAAGCAUCUAGUUAUGGCCAAUCUUUGAUUCAAUGUGAUGAUGAAAAAGAAAAUAAUUCGCAAAAUAACAAUAUAAUAAAUGAAAAUAAAAAAGAUAGAAAAAAAAAACAAGAUAAUAAUAAUUCAAAUAAAAGAACAAGAAAAAUAUAUGAAUUUUUUUCUUUUAUAAAAAAAGAUAAAGAAACUAAUCAAGAUGAAGAAGAUAAUGAUAAUUUAAAAAAAAAAAAAAAAAAAAAUUUUGAAAGUAGUGAUGAUGAAAAUAUAAAAAAAGACAAAAAAACAAAUUUUGAUCAAAAAAACGAUUUAAUAAAAGAUUCUAAAAAUAUUAAUCAUGUUAAAAAUAUGAAAUCUGAAGAAGAUAAUUUAGGCUCAUAUUUGGAAAACGAAUCUCACAUCUCUUCAUCAGAUUGGUGUUCAUCAUCUUUAUCGGAAAUGUCAUGUUUUUCGAAACUCUCUGUAAAAGAUGGUCAAGAAGUGGAAAAAGAAGCGGAAAAAGAAGCGGGAAAAGAAGCGGAAAAAGAUGGAAAAAAAAAUACUUAUAACAUUUAUGACAAUAGUUAUGACAAUAAAAUGAAAAAAAUAAUCCAAAAAAUAAUAAAGGGGCCAUAUAUUAUAAAUGGAUAUGAACAAGAAAAAACGAGAUGUGAAGUUUGUUUAAAAACACAAGGAAUAUUAAUGAAAUGCUUCAAUAUUAAUUGUGAAAAAUAUAUGCAUCCACUAUGUGCAUUUAUGUGUGGAUUACAUAUUAAGUGUAAAAAUUCAAAUAAAAAAUUUUUAAAUUUCCAAAAUAAAAUCGAUUAUUGUUUCCCUCGAAUAUUUUUUUUUAUUAGAUGUAUUAGUCAUUCUGUUAAAAAAUGUGGGGUUGUAAAUAUUUAUGAUGAAUUAAUUAAAAGAAGACGAAAAUAUUUAAAUAGAGAUCUAUAUCCAAAUAUAUAUGAAAAUAUUAAAAAAGAACGAAAACAAAAAAAUUCACUAAAAUUAAAAGUUCGUAAUAAUAAUUUACCCACAUCUAAUAAUAAUAAUAAUAAUAAUAAUAAUAAUGAUGUAUUUGAAGUUUUAGCAUAUAAUCUUAAUUAUUUAUAUCCUUAUCAAUAUAGCUUUUUUCUUUUGCCAAAUAUUUAUUAUAUAAAAAAUGAUAUGUGCUCUGUUUGUUUUACCAAAAAUAAAAAAAAAGAAUUAUUAUAUUGCAAAUAUUGCAAUGUUUGUGUACAUAAAACAUGUUAUUUAGUUGAUACCUCAUCUAUUGAAUAUUUUUUUUAUAAAAAAAAAAAAAAAAUUCAUACAUUCCUUCUUCAUAGUAAAGAACAAAAAGUUAAGCAUUUAUUGUUCAAAAUUAAGGAAAAAAAAAAAAAUAUUAUCAACAUGCUACAAAACAAGGAUUCAGAAUCUAUUUCCAAAAGUGGAGAAGCAAAAGAUGAAAAAGAUCAAAACGGUACAUGUGAAAAAGAUAAAAACGGUACAUGUGAAAAAGAUCAAAAUUGUGUAAAAAAUUCGAACAGUUUUAAAGAGCUAUUACAAAACGAAAUAAACAGCUGUUUAAACACAGCUAGCCAUUUGAAGGAUAUUGAAAGUGUGAAAAUGAUAAAAAAUUUGAAUAAAAAAUCAAACUCAUUUAAUUAUUUAAUAAAAGAAGAAGAAAAAUUAUUAACAGAUAUAGAAGAUGUAGAAGAACAUAAAUUAUUUAUUUGUGAUAUUUGUGCAAAUAAUUAUAAUUAUGAAAAUGCUAAUUGUAUAUUAUGUAGUAGAAAAGGAGGAGCUAUCAAAAUAGUUAAAAUAAAUGAUUAUAUAAAACCUGAUAAAAAUAAAAAUAAAAAAAACAAUUUUUUAAAACAUGAAAAAAAUUCAGUUUUUAUUCAUAUGCAAUGUGCUUUAUAUUCUCCACAAAUUAUUAUAAAUGAUAUAACAGAAGAAUAUUAUCAAUUAUAUAAUUAUGACAAUUUAGCAAAUAAAGAACAAAUUGUAAAUAACCAAAAAAACAAUUUCCAUUCUGAUUCAGAAAUUUUACAAUUAAAUAAAGAAAAUUAUUAUGAUAAAAAACAAAAAAUGUUAAAUGACUUUUUAUAUAAACAAUAUACAUAUACAAAUCUUAAAAAAACAGAUAAAAAAAAUUCUUUAAAUAUAAAAAAAAAUAAUUCGAUAGGUGCACCAAGAGGAAGACCGCCAUUAAAUAAUAAUUCUAUAGAACCCAUAUUAGAAAAUAUUAAAAUUACAUCUAAAAAUAAUAGUUACGAAAAUAAAUUUAAUAAAAUGGGUUCAAGCAAAUCAGAUCUAUUUGAUUCCACCAUAGAUCUAGAAAAUAAAAAUAAAGAUGAUGAAGAAAAUGAACAAGAUGAAAAUGAAUAUGAUGAAAAAAUAAAAAGAAGAAAAAAAACUACUGAAAUAAUAGACUCUUUAAAUAAAAUAGAAAAAAAACAAAAUGAUCUUAAAAUUACAAAUUCUGAUCAAAUAAAAAACAAUAACACUAAUAUUCAUUGUCAACAAAUUUUAACGAAAUAUAAUACCAUAGAUCAAAAAGAACCUGCACAAAUAACUGAAAGAAGAAGAGGAAGAAUGCGAAAAUCUCAAUCUCUUAAUAAUAAUAAAAAGGAAGUGCAAUCAAUAGAGCAAAUAAAAAGAGAAUCAGAUUCCAAAAUAUAUCCGAUAAAUAAUGAAGGGUGUGUUGAAAUAGUUAAAAGCGAUAAUAUUAAUAAGAUAAACAGUUUAGAUGAUAAUAAUAAUAAUGCAUCUAUGAUAUUCGAUGGAGUAACUUAUAAUAAUAAAAUAAAUAAUAAUUAUUAUUAUAAUUUAAGCAAAAAAAAAAAAAGUUAUAAAAUAAUAAUAAAAGAUCAAUUAAAAAGAUAUUUAAAUAAAAAUACAUGUUAUAUAUGUAAUAUGACUUAUGGAUACACACAUAAAUGCAUAGAAAAUUCAUGUAAUAACUAUUUUCAUAUCUCUUGUGCUAAAAUACAUAAUUUUUUUUUCGAAUAUGAUUAUAAUUUUUUAAAAGCACAUCCUAAUAUCACAAAUUUAGAUAUAACAAGAAUUCCCAAUUCAAUUAUAUUUUGUGAAGAUCAUUCUAAAAAUAGAAGAAAAGCAAAACCAUCUAUUCAACUUUUUUCAAAAUUACGAUCUUUUCUUGAGCUUGCUAAUAUUGUAGUAAACCAAAUGAAAAAAAAAGAAGAAAUAAAAUAUAAUUGGAUAAAAAAUUAUUUUGAGGAAGGAAAAAUAGGAAUUCUAUCAUAUAAUUAUAAACAUAACAAUAUUGGAAAUAAUGUAAAUCUUUUAACAAUUAGUGAUGAUCUUAAUUAUUGUGAAAAUAACAUAAAUAAUAAUAAUUUUAACUAUAAAUAUGAAAUGAGUUGGGGAAAUAAUUAUACAAAUUUGAAUAAUAAGGAUGAUAAUAAUACUCUUAAUUCAUCUAUUAAUGAUCAAUUUAAUUAUGAAAUUUCAAAAAAAGAAUAUAAUAAAAAUUAUUUUAUUAAAAAAAAUAUUAUGAACGAUCUUGAUCUGAUUACUGAUCAGCUCAAAAGUGAUGAAAGCAAUUUAUUUGACGAUAAUGAAAGUGAUAUAAAUGAUAGUGAUUAUAGUGAAGAAUUGGAUGAUAAAAAUAAAGAUCUUAAUAAUACUGAAAAUUUAAGUGUUGAUAAUUUUAAAGAUGACAAUAAUUCGGAAUAA